AUUGAUAACAAAAUAUAAGGUAACCUACCUGGUUGGUAGAGUCACCCUCCGUAAUGACCUCAUCAGUCUUUUGACACUGAUAGCUUCCCUGACACUGUAGCCAGAAGCUAGCUAGCUAGCAUGCAGCACUGGCCCGGUCUUUCCAGGAGGCAGCGCUGCUGAGAGGCGAGCAGUCAGUGCUGAGUGUGUGUCUGCCGAUCCGGCUAUGGAUGACUUCACCACCAGGACGUACGGCACCAGCGGCCAGGACAACAGACCACUGUUCGGGGAGACCUCGGCACGGGAUCGAAUCAUCAACCUGGCUGUGGGGGGCUUUACGUCUUUGGUCGUUUUAGUGACCGUUAUCUGUUCAUUUGUGUUCCCUUCGUUGCCUCCACGGCCGCUUAAUGUCUUCUUUGCCGUGUGCAUCCUGCUAACCUGUGGAUCCACAAUAGUGCUGAUAUUCUGGUACCGGCAGGGCGAUCUGGAGCCUAAAUUCAGAAAGCUGAUCUACUACAUGCUGGUGUCCAUCGUGCUGCUGUGUCUAUGUGCCAACCUCUACUUCCACAAUGUCAAGUGAAGAGGAGGAGGAAGAAGGGAAGACGUAGCCUUGACACGUGGAAGGACUUCGUGGAGAGACAAACGGACCAACACAACAACAAAAAACUCAUCACACACAAACUUUGCUCCCACCUGAGCUGCAGCAAACUGAAGAUUCCCGGCCUAAAACCUGUGAGGCUUAAUGGUUCCAGUGGGAUGAAAACUGUCAGACUUGCUGGUGCUGAAACAUAAUGCACUGCACACACUCAUACACCCAACGUCACGGUAUAGAAAUCAUGAUGUACUGUAAGAGGUCAUAAAUCUGCCUGGAGAAACACUGCUGGAGGAUGAAACAGGUGUGUUUACAUGAGCAUAAACAUUGUUAUUUACAGUCAUAUCCUCUCCGCAACAACAAAUACUUAACUUUAUGACAAAACAACAGGUUUCAUAAGAGUGGUAUAUGAUGAUGAUGAUGAUGAUGAACAGUUAAAGGAAAAAUCUGCCCUUUGAUCCUGUUAGUGUAGGUCUCCAUCCUGUCUUUUUUGUGUCUUUUUACAUGUUUCUUUGCCCUCACGUUUCUGAUUAACUAUAUUUAUAUCUUUAAACAACAGAAAGGAGGGGGGGGCAAACUGUUAUUUGUAUAAACAUUUUAAUCAUGCUGUCAUAAUCAACACCAAAUUUGUGAUGACUACUUCACAAUUGUUCCAAACGUUCCUGCAAACUCAAACUGGUAAAUCCAUAUCUGCUGCCUGCUCAUUUAACGGUGCAUUCAGGGUCAGAAAAUAUCAGUGUUGGAUGACGGGAAGUGGAUCAAUGAAGAAGCCACUGUCCCAAUUCUUUACUACAUACAAAUAUGAGUGUAUGUACUACUAACUGUCAGUUUAUUGUUUUUUUUAGUUGGUAUACUGGAACUCAAACUAAAUGUUUUUCCAAAUAUUUAAAAUGUUAUCAUUUCAAAAUCUUCCUGGAGCUUCUUCUUCAUCACCAUCUGCAGUUUAAAAUGUUGCCAGCUGUGAGCAGCGCCUCCAGUUGCUUUGUAUAUAACAUUUUACAUGGCACACCCAAAGAUCAAGCACUUUUUUUGUAUAUGUAAUUAAGUAUGUAGUGUAGAAUUGGGACAGAGUCAAACACCCAGCUUGCUCUUGCUCAUAUGCAUUAUGGCAGUUAAUUGGACAGGAUUUGGCUAUAUUAUGCUGUUACAUUAUUUGCCAGUUUUCUGUCAUGUAGCGGUGUUAAAGCUCUACAUGUGAUAAUUUGGCACAAUAGUGACAGAGGACUUAAGACAGAACAGAACUUGAGGUUAGGAAACACGUAAAGGAAAAUAAUGUUGUUUUAUAUAAUUUCUGUUCACCUCAAACAAACAAAACACCACUUUCUGUGAAGGCACCACAAUUUUGAGACAGUGUGCUUUCUAUAACACCAUCCAGGUCAUCGUGAGCUGAUUUUGAAGGGCUUUAAAUGUAGGGCUUCCACCAACAAUAACUGAUAUUGGUGACUUUUGUGGCUUAUUAUUUUUAGAUUAAUUAAACAAGUCAAUAAAAUGUCAGAAAAUAAUAAAAGAGGCAUCUUCAAAUGUCUUGUUUUUCUCACCAUCAGUUCAAAACUAUAAGAGAAAAGCAGCAAAUUAUCACAUUUGAUUAGCUUGAAUCAGAAUGACUUGAUGUGCUUGAUAACUGACUUAUUUAAUUACCUAAAGAGUUGACUAAUUGAUUAAUUGUUUCAGUUCUGGAGCUUCUUGGUGAAAAACCUGACAUUUUUUUGACUCUUAUAAGUUGACAAACCUCCUGAACGCACCAUUAGAUUUGCUCUCUGAGUGUGUGAAAUCACAAUGAUGCUGUUUUGACCCUCUGAUUUGGGGAGGAGGUGCUCUGUAGCCUUCAGUCCUCCCAAAAACCCACAACUACAGCUGUGAAUUCUUGAGGCCACUAUGGCUUUCUAAGUGGGUUCUCUGGUUUCAUGUGUUUGUCUGACUGAUGAUUGUUUUAUAUUUAUAAAAAUAUUCAAACUGAACUUGUAGCUGCUGGACGUGAGUGAGUUGCCACGUAGCUUUUAACUGUUGAGAUUUUAACAGGGUGGAUUUUUCCUUUAACCACGAUGGAGAUUAUGAGCAUGUAAACACACUUGAGUGAAGCAGAAGGGGAGGUCUGCCCUUCAGUACUGUAGACUAGCACAAACUAGCUUACCCAACAAUAGGACAAGCAGCUUCAGGGUUCUGUGGCGAAUAUAUGCAACUGUUUAUAUAUAUAUAUUUCUUUUCCUUUCUAUCACUGCUUCUUCUCUGCUCUUUCAGCUUAUCUGUUUAUCAUGGUUGGAUUUAAUUAAUUUUCCAAAUCAAGUCUUGCUAAGAGGAUUUUUUAUUAGAAACUCAUUUAAAUGCUGAAUUACACUUGACUUACUGCCAAUUCUUGCACAAAGCAUUGGUUGACUUGCACUUGUAUCUAAGCCACACACACAGGCCAUCUGUAGCACCAAUGAAAAUUAAUGGGAACAUUCCACGUGGCUUAACACUGAAGCUGCAUAGCACAACAGAUCUGAAGAUGGAUCUGUACUUGUUUCUAUAUCACAUUGAUGUGUCUGCCAUCUAAAUUUUGCACUAAUAAUUCUGCCAUUUACAAAUCUGAGCUGGGCUUUUCCAGUGUCUGUAGCAUAAAGCAGUUUGAAGUUAGAUUUCUCUGUAGGUUUUUACAUCAAGAAUGAAAAUUCUUUGGUAUUUUAGGUACAUUCAAGCACAUUCACUGUGUUAAAACCAGGCUGGGUUUGGAUGUUGCAGGUGCGAAAAACACGGGCUAACAGACUGAUGUCUACGUAGCAGCUUUAGUGGCCCACAGCAUUCAUGGAAAAAAAGAACUGAAUAAUGGAUUUUGUUUCCAAAUGUACCUUUGCACCAAAAUCUAUUGGACACAAAUUUUAACCCGGAAUUGAGCUAUUUUAAAGUCAGCAAAGUAGGACGUCAAAAAAAUGAUUGUCUUUGUCUAAUCGGACCAGUGAAAAUGCUCAACACAGUUUCCCAAAGCCCAAUGUGAUGUUUUCAAAUCAUUGUUUUGUCCUACCAAAAGUGGAAACCCCAAAGAUGUUCUAUUUACUAUUAAAAACCAGGAUAUAUUCACAGUUCAGAAGCUGGAACCAGAGAAUUUUUGGCAUUCUUGCUUUAAAAAUAGCUUAAUUGAUGAGCGAUUAAUCUUCUGUCAGUUGACUAAAUCGGUCUUUGCAGCCCUACAGCCAAGAAUGAAUCACAAAGUAGGGCUGGAACGAAGAGACAGAUUCCUCUUCAUUCAUUAAUACCCUGCAGAUUUGCACCCUCUGCCAAACUCUUAUUGUGGUGUCAGGUUUGUUCACAGGAAGUUCAAUCUUAAAGGAAGAGGCUGGCAUUUUUUAAUUUUUAUUGUCAACAAAUCCCAAUGUGUUAGUCCGUCUAUCAAUACUUUCUGACAUCCUGUCCGAGGCUCUCAGUUCCAAGGAAAUAGUGUAUUUUUGGGGGACUAUUUUAAGCGGCGUAUUAAUCCACAUUUGGCACUUUAGUGAGUAACUGGGCAGUGUAUGUGGCAUUGAAUCAAAAUAAGCUACAGUUUGUAAUGAAGGAAAAUGCCAUUCAGUGCAACAGUGUGGCUCACUGAUGUGGUUUUAAUAUAUAUAUAUAUUUUUUUAAAUAAUUUAGCUCAAUACUUGUGUGUGUAUCAAGUGUUGAUUUCUUGUUAGUUCUGGUCUUUUUGUGGGAUUUGUUGACAGUAAAAUAUAUAAUCAUUUAAA